AUGAGCGUGGAGGCUCUCGCACAGGAGCUAUUGGAGACGAAGCGAGAGCUCGGCCGACUGAUGGAGACGGUCGAGAACCAGAACCAGACGAUCACAGGGCUCCAGACGGAGCGAGCCGACGCAGAUGCAGCGAGUCGGCAGCAGUCGACGAAGGCUUUCGCCAACGCGAUUAUCGGAGACAAAGGGAAGCCGCCGACCUUCGACAACACGAGGAAGCUAGACUUCCAUGACUGGGCGUUCAAGUUCAAGGCGUACAUCGGCAACCAGAGUCGGAAGUGCUUAGAGGGAAUGACCCAGGUCGAGUACAGCCAGAACCAGCUGAACUACGCCAACUACGACGACGAGUGGAGACAGAUGGCGCAGUCGUUGUUCUACCAGCUCACGAUGUAUACGGAGGGCACCCCGCUCGGCAUCAUCCGCAAGGUCAGCAACCAAGACGGAUUCGAGGCAUACCGCAGGCUGAGCUCCCAGUAUGACCCUCAGAACAUGGGCAGCAUUCUAUCGAGACUGAUGAGGGUGCUGGAGUUCGACUUUGGCGGAGAAGCGGAUUUCCUCGACAACAUGGCGAAGUUCGAGAUCUCGAUCGAAGAGUACGAGAAGCUGGCGAGCGAGGCCCUCAGCGACAACAUCCGCUCGGCGGUCCUGAUCGCACGAGCCCCUGAGGCCUUGAGGAACCACGUACUGCUGGGGACACCCAAGGAGGAGAUCCAGUGGGCGAGGAUCAAGAAGGUGGCCGCAGACUUCCUGCUCACGAAGCAGUCCAUGCCUGGUGGCCCUGCGCCGAUGGACAUCGGCGCCAUCAACAGCAAGGGCGGAAGAGGAUACGGCAAGGCCAAAGGCAAAGGCAAGGGCAAAGGCAACGACACCAGAGGUAAGGGCAAGGACAGGAACAGCGGCGGUGGCAUCGCCGGCGGAGAAAAGAAGUUCCAGGGACACUGCGGACGAUGCGGCAAGUGGGGGCACAAACAGAAGGAUUGCUACGCCAAGAUCCACAACGUGAGCACCUGGGACGGCAGUGGCUGGGACGGCAACACCUGGGACGAGAAGUGGGCGAGCUGGGACACCACCAACGAGAAGGAGAAGGGUGCGGCCUCCUCCCACGAGGACGCCAGCGCCUCCAUCAGUGCCAACGCCCUCCAGUGCUCCGAGUGCGAGGGCGCUGCGUGGAUCUUCGCCGUCGGCACGCUUGAGGGCCCGAGCGGAACAAGAGUUGGCCAGACGGUUGACAUCAUGGUGGACACUGGCGCCAACAAGUCGGUGUGCGGGCCCAGCGACUUCCCCGACUACCCCACUAUGCAGGACAGGAGGCUGGAGAUCAGGGUCGCCAACGGGGCCUCCCUGAAGCACUACGGCGACAAGCAGGUGAACUUGAAGACGCAGAAUGACGACGAGAUCAGUGUGAUAUUCCACGUCACGGAGGUGACGCAACCGAUCCUGAGUGUCAACAGCAUCAACAAGGCAGGAGCUGGGGUGGAGUUCCCACCGCCAGGCUCGACGGGCCCACCCUCGAUCACGCGGGAUUCGAGGAGCGGGCGAUCGCGGCUUGGGCUGAAGAGGAGGCUCGGCCUGUUCUUCCUGCGCGCGACGGUGAUGAGCUACGUCGGCACCAAGAUCGGCGCGGACGGCCUGGUCGUCUACAACACGGCGACGGGCGUCCCCGAGGAGUACAUCGCUGCGCAGGUGGACCAGCCGACGGCGCAAGAAGUCAGGCCCGAGGCUACGGUGAUGACGGCGCCAAGGGAGCCGACACGAGCCGAGAGGGAGGCUCACGAGGCCCUCCACUGUCCAUAUGCAGCGUGGUGCGCGGACUGUGUAGGGGGGCGAGGCCUGGACGACAGGCAUGAGAGGAUCAAAGAGGUAGAGGGUGUGCCUGUGAUCCAGAUCGACUACAUGUUCGGCAAGACGCAUCGUGACGAGAAAGUGCACCCAGUCAUGAAUGCCAUUGACAACGUAUACCACUCUACGUCCUCGGCAUGGUGCGAGGCGAAGGGUGGGGGAGACCUGUUUCUCCUGAAGUGUCUCAAGCGGUACGUGGAGAAGCUCGGGUUUGAGAAGGUUAUCAUCCAGUGCGACCCCGAGAAUGCGGCCAAGGACGUGGCGGCCAAGGUCGCGAGGGACAUCGGGAACAACGCGACCUUCAGGUACACGCCGAAGACGAGCAAGGGGAGCAACGGCAUGGUGGAGAGGUUCCACUCGUUCAUCGAGGGUAUGACGAGGACCUGGAGGAGAGCCAUUGGGGCAAAGUACGGUAUCGUGAUCGAGUUGAGGCAUCCCCUGAUGGCCUGGAUCGUGCGCCACGCAUCGUGGACCCACGAUCGCUUCCUCAUCCACCGCUCCGACUACAAGACGUCCUACGAGCGUCAGCACGAGAGGCAUUAUGCCAAGAAGGUCCUACCACUCGGCGAGACGGUUAUGUGGAGGCAACCUGGGCCUAUCGCCGCCAAGUUCGAAUCCGCGUGGGGAUACGGCAUCUACCUCGGGCGGUCGUUGGAGGACGACUCCCACAUCUGCGGCACCAGGCACGGCAUUGUCGUGGCGAGGUCCGCACGGAGGCUCGUGGAGAGCGAGCGCUACGACAAGCAGCUGCUCCUGGCCAUGAAGGGCAUCCCGAGCGACACGAAGGCGCCGAAUGCAUCCACGCCAGUGGCAGACAGACCAGCCCCCGACCUCAACCUCCCGCAGCCCGCCAGGCUUCCGCGACCAGCGGACGCCGCGCCCGAGGAGGGGCAGGCAGGCCCCCAGGAGGGGGAGGUGAGGUUCGAGGAGCCGCAGGAGGGGGACCCAGGGGGCGCCGAGGCAGCUGCCGACGGCGACGAGGCCAUGGACGACGUCGAGGACGCACCACAGCCCGUCACGAAGAGGCCGAGGGGCCGACCAGUUACACGAGUGCUUCCAGACCCGAUGUCAAGAGAGUUUACCCCAGGCUGUAGUGGAUGCUUGGGCACAUCGUACCGUCAUUCGAACUUCUGUCUCGAGAGGAGGGGGUUGCCUCCUAACGAGCCGCGUGGCAAGCGGGCCGCGGCAGAGAGCGCAGCUGCACCUGAGGUGAAGCGUGCAGCAGUCGAGGAGCCUGAGAGCUCGGCUGGCAAGCGGGCCGGCGAUGAGGCGCCUGCGGAAGGCGAGGCGCACAAGGAGAGGAGAAUUGCUACGGUGAAGGUUGGCAGCGUGUCCGUCGCCCACUUGAUGGGCUACCCCGACGACACCGAGCUCUGCACGCCGUGCGAGCUCGACCCCAACUUCGAGCUGCUGAGCGAGGCGUACUACGACGACGACGACGGUGAGUGCCUCGACCCCGACGCCGUCCGCGAGGGGAUCAAGAGGGAGGCGAACUUCAUGGAGUCCCUCGGCGUCGGUGAGGUCGUGGCGCGACCCCGAGACAUGAAGGUUUGGGGCACGAGGUGGUGCCACCGCAAGAAGGGUGAGGGGGUCCGCAGCAGGUUCGUCGUGAAGCAGUUCAGGGACGCCCAGGCGGGGGAUUUCUUCGCCUGCACCCCGCGCACGGAGGCUGUGCGCGUGCUGAUGGCGGCGGCGCUGAUGCUCAAGCACGUCAUCGUGACAACGGACUUCAGCGUGGCGUUCAUGCACACGCCCGUGAAGGACGGCACCGAGAUCUACGUGGAGACGCCGCCCGAAUACGGCAUGGGGCAUGGAUACGUGUGGAGACUGAAGAGGUCUCUGUAUGGGCUCAGAGAGGCAGCGCUACGAUUCCAGGAGUUCCUGGAGAGCAUCGUGGUCGGGAUUGGAUUCAAGGUCUGCAAGGCGGAGCCCACUAUAUACCAUCACAUCGAGAAGGGCAUCAGGGUCGUGGUCCACACGGACGACCCUCUUGCCUCAGGUCCCACGCGGGGAGUGCUCGACGAGUUCUUCGACGAGCUGGCCAAGCACCUCGCGAUCAAGGGGCGGUACGUCCUGGGCGAGAACCCCGUGAUCUACCUCGGCUCGUCGCUGCAGAGGUUCGGGGACGUGAUCGUGGAGAAGAGCAAGCCCGGGUACGUCGAGAGCAUCCUCGACGCGGCGGGGAUGCUGGGCUGCAGGCCUGUGGGCACGGCUGGGGUCAGGCCAGACCUCACCCCGCCCGGAGCCGAGCAGCCGCUCAACAGCGAGGAGCACUCGCUGUACAGGAGGUGCUGCGGGAAGAUCCAGUACGCGAUCCCGCGGAGGCUGGACGUGAUGUACCCGCUGAAGGAGCUCGGUCGUCGGCUGAGCGAGCCGAGGGUGGCCGACAUGAAGUGCCUGAAGCACCUCCUCCGCUACCUCAGCGGGACGGUCGACCUGGCCAUGGUUCACCGCUCCACGAAGGACUACAAGCGCAUCCGAGGUAGCACCGACUCGGACUGGGCGGGAUGCCACGAGACCCGCAAGUCGACAGCAUGCGGGAUCGUGCGGUGGUGCGGGGUGGUCGUCAGUGCCUACGCCCGCACGGAGUCAGUGCUCGCCCAGUCGAGCCCUGAGGCCGAGUACCUGGGGGCCGUGGAGCUGGCGGCGGAGAUGCUGUACGUGAGGGAGCUCGUCAAGUUCAUGGGCUUCGACACGUCGCUGGAGAUCGAGUGCGACGCGUCCUCCGCCAUCGCGAUCGCCUCGCGGCGCGGACUCGGCAGGUUACGACAUCUGGAGGUGAAGUGGCUAUGGCUCCAGCAGCUGGUCGGUACGGGCCAGAUCAAGAUCGCGAAGGUAAAGGGCACGGAGAACCUCCCCGACGUUGGGACGAAGUUCCUGGGGAAGGGUGCGCUCGAGAAGUGCCGCACCAUGCUUGGUCUGGUCCCGAUUGACGCCCUCGGGAAUGGCAUCGUGGCUGCCCUGAGCGCGUCCCGAGGAGCACGGUACCUGGCGACGUUCAUGGUCCUCGUGAACGGCGUGAAGGCCCAGCCAGCCACGCCCGACGGCGGACCCGACCCACACCUGGCGAUCGUGGUGGUCUGGUCGGUCCUCUGCAUGCUCGUGGGCGUGAUGCUGUGCUGGUGCGGCUGGUGCAUGUGCCUAUACCUCCCGAGGUCAGCUGCAGGACGGACGGGCAAGGGCUGCUCCAAGGGUCAGCCCAGUGAGAGCUCGGAGAGGGGCAGAUCGGAGCCAGAACCCGAUCCGCCUCCAGCACCCGACGCUCCCCGCGAUCAAUGUCGGGAGCCGUCGGAGCCGCGUGGCAGGGGCGUGCUGCUGUUCCACCUGGACACGGUCGGGACCUCGAUCCACUCGAGUCCGAACUGCCAGGCUCUGCGCGAUCGGCAUCACCCGCUGGUGACGAGGAGCGGUUGCCUGAUCUGCGCUCGGGUGCUGGGCCAGGGGGUGCGCAUGCUGCACCACACGGACAGUGUCGAGAGUGCGGUCCACGCCGACGCUGCCUGCCGCGGGUUGAGUCGGAUGCCGGACGCAUCCCUCGAGAUGCUAGGGUCCCAGGCCCUCGUGCCCGCCGCCGCCGCCCCCGACGGCGGCGAGGGCCCCAGCGGUCCGCGGCCCGCCGCGGCACCGGCCGAGCUCGCCGAGGGGCCCGCGCGGCCCGCGGGGAGCGGCGGCGGCCAGGGCGAGCGCAGGGCGCAGGGCCAGGGCAGGGGCAGGGGCAAGGCGAAGGGCAUCGAAGAAGAACAGGGCAAGGGCAAGACGAAGGCAAAGGGCAGGGCCAAGGCAGCAGCCCGGGCAGCUCUCGCCAUCGCAGGCGGGGGCGGCGCGGAGCUGCCCGCGCCGCGGAACCCGAGGGGCAGGGCGGACAUCCGCGCGCGGCUCGUCGCUGAGGUCGGCGACCGCGACAUCGACGAGGUGAUUGCCGAGGCCAAGGCCGCGGUGGUCUUGUGCGAGUCGUCCGUCGAGGAUUGCACGAAGCGGCUGUUCCAGGACAACGAAGAGCUCAGGCGCGAGGCGGAGGAGGCGGCCGCGGCUGUGGAGGCAGCGAAGCUCAAGGAGGCGCAGGCACUGCAGAAGUUGCGGGCGUCCCAGCUGAGCAGGAAGCAGGUGAUACGCGGCGUCGCGGAGGCGAAGGAGAAGCGGGCCGCGGCCAUCCGCACCGUGAAGCUCUUGGAGCUGGAGCGGGAGGGCCGCGACAGGCUGAAGGAGCUGGAGGAGGCCAAGCGGGCCGCCGCAGGCGCAGCCCUCGGCGCGAAGAGGGCGCUGGAGGAGUCGAGGGCCAGGGAGAGAGAGGUGCUGGACGCGCAGCGGGCGAGGAAGGCCGAGGCGCUGCACGAGAUGGAGCAGGCUCGGAAGGGGGAGAGGGCCGAGGAGAAGCGCGCGGCGAGGAGGGCCACGCAGCAGAUCGGGGACUUCGGGAACGCCAGGGCGCAGCAAGGGAGGGCGUGGCGGAAGCAGCCCGGGGACAAGCGCCGGCGGGUCGACGCCGCGGAGUGA